AUGAAAGGUGCCCAUGACAUCUUUUUCAAUGAUCACGGCAUCAAGUUUGUCUUAGAACAUGCAUGGCGCGAGUUAAGGCAUGACCACAAAUGGUGCAGAGCCUCUGCUCUAAAAGACAGUGCAAGCUCGAAAAGAAAAAAGGUGGAUGAAGGCGGAUCGGCUCAGUCGUCUAACAAUGUGGAGGCCGGAGUCCAUGUAGAUGAUGCUGCAGAGAUGCGACCACCCGGAGUGAAAGCGUCUAAGUCAAAAGCCAAGAAGCAAAACGGCUGUAAAGAAGAAGGUAAGGCACUACUCGAGUUUCAGAACUUGUGGAGUAUUAGGCAACAAGAUUUGGAGUUGAAGGUAGAAAUUGCUAAGAGUAGAAAACAAGAUAUGGAGAUGAAGUCAAAACUUGCUAAGCACAAGACUCUCGACAAUCUCCUAGCGAAGACUGAGCCACUCUCUGACAUCGAAAAUGCCCUCAAGAACAAGUUGAUUUCUGAGUUGUUGUCUUGA